UUUGCAGGUUGUUUGAUGUGGCCUCCGGUCUGGCCCACAGCUUCCUCCUGCUGGGCCUGCAGCCCUGGAGACGGCCAGUUGCUCAGGGGACUGCUGGGGAGGGACAGCAGAACACGAAGACGGCUGCUCAGAAGGCUUCAGGCUGGGCAGGAGGCUGACCACAGCUCUCCUCCGUGCUCUGCGCUGGUUCCUGGGGCUUUGACCCACGGGGAUGAGCUCCAGAGGCUUAGCUCUGGCACCUCCAGCCAAGAAGGUGGUGGUGUACCGCAACGGGGACCCCUUUUUCCACGGGAAGAAGUUUGUGGUGAACCAGCGGCGGUUCCUGACCUUCGAGGCGUUUCUGAAGGAGGUGACCAGGAGCAUUCAGGCGCCCCUGGCCGUGAGGAAUCUCUACACCCCCAGGCACGGCCACCGCAUCGCUGAGCUGGGGGACCUGCAGGAUGGGCAGCAGUACGUGGCUGCGGGGUUUGAGAAGUUCAAAAGGCUCAACUAUUUAGACCAGGCAAGGAAGGAGCUCCGUGGGACCAGUAAGAGCAGCGGCGUGCAGUCCCACACCGUAGCUCCCUGGAAGUCAAACAUCGCAGCACGACGGCAGAAGCACGCCCACCUUGCCAUACAUGUUUUCCGGAAUGGGGAUUUGCUGAGCCCUCCUUUCCAGCUGCUGUUCUCUCAGAGCGCCCCGCUGCAGUGGGACACGCUCCUGGCUGUGCUGACAGCAAAAGCUGAUCUGCGCAGCGGAGCUGUUAACAGGCUCUGCAGGCUGGAUGGCACGCAGGUACUUGGCAAGGAGGAGCUGGUGAAUGGUGGUUACUACGUGGCUGUGGGGGCUGAGGAGUACAAAAAACUGCCUUACUUUGAGCUGCUGGUGCCCCAGGAUUCCACACACAGGACACCGUGGAACCAUCCAGAUAGACGCAAAAAGCACAGCAGAAAGGCAAGGACUGCAGGCACAGCACAAAAGCCCACAGCAGGGAGAAGGGAUGGCAGCGAUGCUGAGGGUGAGGAUCACUGAAUGAUGUUUUCCCUCGGCAGCAAUCCUGCUCUGAAGAGCUCACAAAGGGACGGUGAUGGGAGGACAGCGAGGUACGCUGCUGUCUGCCCGGCUGCAGAUAACAAAAGCAUGCGAGUCCAAGGUCUGUGUAACGUUAUAGGCUGGCCAAGCUUUUUGGUGAAUUAACAGACUCUUAGCAGGCACCCGAAUUAUCUGGGCUUGAGAAAGACUACCAGUGAACCAUGAACCACGUGCACGUUUCUAUUAAACAAUGCAAAACGUUCCUCCUUUCCUCAGCUCUGUGGGUGAUGAUGUGGCAGAGAACAGGGCUGCUUUUCUGAGCUUUAAUUUAAAAAAGCAGUUUGUAGCUGAACUUGGGAAGUACGAAUUACCACACAGAACAUGCUCCUUUCUAACAAAAGAUUCCUUCCAUACAAAGUCAGUCGAUCCCAGAAGGUCCAUUUGAAUUAUUUAUUAGAAAGUUAUUACCCCUCUUCCCAUCCCUGCUUUAAAACACCCACAGGAAAAAAGCUCCUUAAGACACUAAAUAAGCUGUCCUUGUGCUAUGCCUUGCUCCACCCUGGUGCUUGGUGAGUCUAAUCCAUGCUCCAGGUGUGUCAGAAUGAGAGCCAAGCGGUCAGCGGCUGAGCCAGGAGCUCCCCUCAUGCCACGGGGUCAUGUUUAAAUGC